AGCUGCCUCAUACAAAGCGCCUGGAGGCUUCGGAUGACUGUUUCUCUGUGUUUAGUAAAGCAUUCAAUACUGCCCAGAGUGUUUCAGGACUACAGUACUUUGGAAAAGCGAGUGUCCCUUUUUCUGUCGGAUUGAGACAUACCCCGGAUUAAAGGGCGGUGGUGUGACUCGCGCUGGCUGCUGGGUCUCCACAGCAACACCAGCUGACAGGAAGCCUGUGUUGUAUCUGCGCAUUGUUAUUCUGUGUCAUUUGUGUCCAUCAUGUCUUCAGGAAGGAUGGAAAUCUACCGCACACAGCCACGAGAUUUUAGCAACCUCUUUCAGACAUGCACUACCAAUAUUCAGAAAAUAACACACAACACUGGACAAAUCAAAUCCAUGCUGUUUCAGCUUGGUAGCAGGCCGGACACUCCUGAACUUCAGGACAGACUGCAGCAGAUGCAGCAUUACACAAACCAGCUAGCAAAAGAGACCAACAAGCACCUGAAAGAUCUGGGCUCUCUUCCUCCACCCCAGUCUCCAUCAGAGCAGAGGCAGCAGAGGAUUCAGAAGGACCGACUGAUGAAUGACUUCUCGGCGGCCCUCAACAACUUCCAGGUGGUGCAGCGUCGAGCGGCUGAGAGGGAGAAAGAGUCUGUAGCCAGGGCUCGAGCUAGCACUCGAUUUCUGAUUGACGAAGGAAAUCAAGAUGAAACACUUGUCACAUUUGACAAAAAUGAGGAAUCAAGACUGACUCACAGUCUAGUUGAAGAGGAGCCCAUCACAGAAGAGGACUUGGAGCUCAUCAAGGAGAGGGAAACUAACAUCCGGCAACUGGAGGCUGAUAUCAUGGAUGUAAAUCAAAUCUUCAAGGACCUGGCAGUUAUGAUUCAUGAUCAGGGUGAUUUAAUUGACAGCAUAGAGGCUAAUGUGGAGAGUGCUGAGGUGCAUGUGGAGCAUGGGACUGAGCAGCUCCAGCGUGCUGCCUACUACAAGAAAAAGUCACGUAAGAGGAUGUGCAUUCUGGCGUCAGUGCUGUCCUUAGUGGUGAUUAUCUUCACCAUUAUUAUUUGGCAAGCUAUCAAAUGAGGUGGCAUCACAUUUUAUUUAGUGUACUUUAAUGUAUUCAGUGGUGAGGGAAUGUAUGAAGGCCGGCUGUGUUUUUGUUGGUGUGUAUUAUGUACAUGUAUCUAAAAUCAACCACAAAGAAUGAUCAUUUUCUCUGAUAACAUGUCUGGUUUAACUAUCCAUGUGCAGUAUUACACAACAGACAACAAUACUGAUAUUCUAAGCAUGCCAGUUAUUACCAGUAUGUCCAGUAAUCAAUACUACAGGUUAAUCUUAUUAUAGAGCAUGUUUCCAAAUACUACUUAAAGUUAUAUGAUGGGUGAAAUAAUCAUUUUAAAAUUUCCCAUUUUUAAGGUUUAAUGUUUGCUACAAGAAAUUAUUUGUAAUGUUUUGAGUAACAUGAUCUUUAAAGUAAAAAAAAAAGAUCAUUUAAAGAUACGAUCAGUUUUUUUUCAAGCCAAUUAAUUAAUGAUUUAAUAUUUUUAUUUGACGUAUAUAAAAGUUUCCCCCACUUUUCCCCCCAAUUUUCUCCCCUAAUCUAGUCGUGUCCAAUUACCCUGAUUGCGUCCUCUAUACUGAUUCGACCCUUCACCGCUGACUGAGGACGCCUCUCAACUGACAUACGCCCUCUACGGCAUGUACAGUCAGUACAGACUGCAUUUUCCACCUGCACGAGUCGAGUUCAUACACUUGACGGGCACUGUGUAUGGAGGGCCACACCCCCAUCAGCAUUAUUCCUCAGCCCUGUGCAGGCGCCGUCAGUCAGCCAGCAGGGGCCGCAGUCGCACCAGUUAUGAGGACCUAUGAUCCGACUUUUUUUACCCUCUAACCCUGAACAACAGCCGAUCGUUGUUCAUGCAGCCGCCCAGCCCAGGAAAGGCAGAGCUGAGAUUCGAUACGAUACGAUGUAUUCGAAUCCCCAACUCUGGUGCGCUAGUGUACUUUACUUCUGAGCCACCUGAAUGGUGUAUAUGUUUAUUUAAUGAAUAUUUGUUAAUCUUAGUAUUAUGUAGGAGCACGUUUCUGUUCACUAUUUAUUUUAUAGUAUGAAUCAUGAAUGAGAAUUUGCAUGGUUUACAAAUCUCAAUUUUUAUUCAAUAGAUUUGAUUAAUAGAUUAUUAGAUUUUAGAUUAGAUUUCUUUAAUUAUAAAAUAAACCCCCUUUUUAUUCACUUCUAUUUUGAUCAGAGUACAGCAUGGUGGUGCAGCAGGUAGUGUUGGUGGUACAUAGUGUCGUGGACCUGGGUUUAAUCUCAGCCACUGGUUACUGUCUGUGACAUAUUUCACACUUUAAGUGGAAUUCCUCUGGGUACUUUAAAUUAAGUGUGUGUGAGAUUAAGUGUGUGAUGCCCUCUGAUAUAGCUAGUGCUCUGUCCAGGGUGUGUUUUAAGUAUUCAUUUUUGUAACUCUCACCCCCAUAGAAAUAGCAGUGUGUGGUAAAAUAAUUUAUCUGUACAUGUAUAUGGAGAAGCUGCACAUUUGUCUUUGUGUAAAUCUUGCAGUCUGAGAAACAAACAACUGUCUAAAUACUUUUGGUCCCAAAAAAUGCAAGUGCUGUGUAUAACAAAAAACCUGUCACUCCUAUCCGAUUCCUCUGAUAUAUCUGUAAAUACUGUCUAAUUAAAAUUCAAAUCAAUAUU